CCCUCCCUCCUCUGUGCUUGUAAAGUACGCUCGGAGCAACAGCCUCCAAGAGGCCCUCAGCAGAAGAAGGGAAAAAAGGCGUGAGGCGUUGUUCUGGACAACCAGCUUCAUAAGAAGACUCAGCCUCUUAUUGCCUUACUGACUCUGGAAAAACCUAACUAUUCCUUCCAGGAGAAUCUUUCUUUGUAGGGAAGAACUUGGACAAAAAGGAAAAUAAGCUUAAAAAUAUUCUUGGAGUCAUGGCACUUCAGCAGAACUCUGAAAAGGAGCCAAUCAUUGAGUUGUUCGUUAAGGCUGGACAUGAUGGUGAGAACGUGGGGAACUGCCCCUUCUGUCAGAGGCUCUUCAUGGUGCUCUGGCUGAAAGGAGUCAAGUUUACAGUGACCACCGUUGACAUGAGGAAGAAACCAGCUGAGCUCAAGGACCUGGCCCCUGGGACAAACCCUCCUUUCCUGCUUUACAACGGCACCCUCAAAACAGACUUUAUCAAAAUCGAGGAGUUUCUAGAACAAACACUGGCCCCUCCCAGGUAUCCUCAUCUCAGCCCUCAAAACAAAGAGUCCUUUGACGUGGGCGCUGAUAUUUUUGCAAAGUUCUCUGCCUUCAUCAAAAACAGUCCGAACAAUGCUGUUCAGAAGAAAAACCUGCUGAAGGAGUUCAAGCGCCUGGAUGACUACCUGAACUCUCCACUGCCCGAGGAGAUCGACCACCACUCAACAGAAACAAUCAGCACCUCCAACAGGAAGUUCCUGGAUGGAAACCGCCUCACCUUAGCGGACUGCAACCUGCUGCCCAAGCUUCACGUUAUCAUGGUUGCCUCCAAAAAGUACUGUGACUUUGACAUCCCGGCUCACUUCACAGGCGUUUGGAGAUACCUUCAGAACGCCUCAGAACGAGAGGAGUUCGUGCAGACAUGCCCAGCCGAUAUUGAGAUUGAGAAGGCCUACUUCAGCGUGGCCAACAAUAGGAAAUAGACUUUUUAUUCUUUAUUGAAAAUUUUUGCACGUGAAAGUUCAGCCAUGCAUGGAGACAAUAUGAUCUGUAGAGGGCGCCACUACCCAAACAAUUAACUGGUGAUAAGCAGGCUUUUAUGAUACUCUGAGCUAAUAAAACACCAUGAAUAACACAUUUUUCUGGUUACCCAGAUUGACUAUUCCUCCAUCAUUCCUUUAGGCACAAAAAGGCCAAAUGUGCAAUUGACUGUUGAUUAUCAUUUAGCAAAAAUGCUGUUUAUGGUGUAAAUAUUGUUAUUUUUCAGUAUCAAAGUUGAAGUUUAUAUAACUGUGUUUGUAUGAGCACUUGCUGCAGGAACAGUUCUUUUUUUAAUGUGUGAUGCAUCCCUAAAUGUUCCUCUGAAGGAAGACUUUUGAGAAAUAUGGUCAAGUUGUUUCUCCAAUAAAAAGUAUCACAAUGUUAA